UUUGCUGAAGAGGAAAAGGAAAAAAAAAAAAAAAAAAAAAAACCUGUGCGUGAGGGGGGAGGAAACACAGGGCCUUUUAAAAAGGCCAUCACAACAACUUCUGCUGCCAGGAUGCCCCUGCUUUGGCUGAGAGGAUUUCUGUUGGCAAGUUGCUGGAUUAUAGUGAGGAGUUCCCCCACCCCAGGAUCUGAGGGGCACAGCGCAGCCCCCGACUGUCCGUCCUGUGCGCUGGCCACCCUCCCAAAGGAUGUACCCAACUCUCAGCCAGAGAUGGUGGAAGCCGUCAAGAAGCACAUUUUAAACAUGCUGCACUUGAAGAAGAGACCCGAUGUCACCCAGCCGGUGCCCAAGGCGGCGCUUCUGAACGCGAUCAGAAAGCUUCAUGUGGGCAAAGUGGGAGAGAACGGGUAUGUGGAGAUAGAGGAUGACAUUGGAAGGAGGGCAGAAAUGAAUGAACUUAUGGAGCAGACCUCGGAGAUCAUCACGUUUGCGGAAUCAGGCACAGCCAGGAAGACACUGCACUUCGAGAUUUCCAAGGAAGGCAGUGACCUGUCGGUGGUGGAGCGUGCAGAAAUCUGGCUCUUCCUAAAAGUCCCGAAGGCCAACAGGACCAGGACCAAAGUCACCAUCCGCCUCUUCCAGCAGCAGAAGCACCCGCAGGGCAGCUUGGAUGCGGCGGAAGAGGCCGAGGAAGUGGGCUUAAAGGGGGAGAGGAGUGAACUGUUGCUAUCUGAAAAGGUGGUGGAUGCUCGGAAGAGCACCUGGCACGUCUUCCCUGUCUCCAGCAGCAUCCAGCGGUUGCUGGACCAGGGCAAGAGCUCCCUGGACGUUCGGAUUGCCUGCGAGCAGUGCCAGGAGAGCGGCGCCAGCCUGGUGCUCUUGGGCAAGAAGAAGAAGAAAGAGGAGGAGGGGGAAGGGAAGAAGAAGGACGGAGGUGAAGCAGGGGCGGGAGCAGAGGAGGAGAAGGAGCAGUCGCACAGACCUUUCCUCAUGCUGCAGGCCCGGCAGUCCGAAGACCACCCUCACCGCCGGCGCCGGCGCGGCUUGGAGUGUGACGGCAAGGUCAACAUCUGCUGUAAGAAACAGUUCUUUGUUAGCUUCAAGGACAUCGGCUGGAAUGACUGGAUCAUCGCCCCCUCUGGCUAUCACGCCAACUACUGCGAGGGUGAGUGCCCGAGCCACAUAGCAGGCACGUCUGGGUCCUCGCUGUCCUUCCACUCGACGGUCAUCAACCACUACCGCAUGCGGGGGCACAGCCCCUUUGCCAACCUCAAAUCGUGCUGUGUGCCCACCAAGCUGAGACCCAUGUCCAUGUUGUACUAUGAUGAUGGUCAAAACAUCAUCAAAAAGGACAUUCAGAACAUGAUUGUGGAGGAGUGCGGGUGCUCAUAGAGUCACCCAGCCCACGGGGAAAGGGAGCUAGAGUUGUCCAGAGAAGACAGUGGCAAGAUGAAGAAAUUUUUAAGGUUUCUGAGUUAAACAACCAGAAAAAUAGAAAUUUAAAACAAAC